AUGGCGACUCGAGAUGUGGAUGCGCUGUGGCAAGAUCUGGCAAUGGAGAAUGAAUACCGGAAUGUGGACAUUUCUCGGCUCCUGAAGAAGUCAAUGGCCAUGGGAGGAAACGCUAAGAAGGCCAAAGCUUCCGAAAGUUUCAGUCUGCCAAAGGUACUUAACCGCCUGGCGGCCGAGCAACGUAGCGUGCGUAAGAAGGCAGCGCUUGCGUUGGAGACGCAGUUUCUGAACGACGGCACCGAGCAGCAGGCGACUGAGACCACAGCGACUGACGCCUUUGCAGAGAUGGCCAAACCGUUGUUCAAGCGCUUCAAUGACCCGGUGGAAAAGGUGCGGGAGGUCUGCAUCCGUCUCAGCACCAAGUGCUUCGCAGUGGAAGAAGAUCUGCUUCGUUACUUGCCAUAUCUGAUGCCUGCGAUCACGAACCGCAUUAACAGCCAAUACGGCUACGACGAAGAGAACCAGGUCUUCUCGCGCGACCAAUUCCUGCAUGACGCGUUCAAACGUGGAAGAGUUUACGUUGCGGACAAUCAGGUGACUCGCAUUAAACCCGACGAGCCUUCGGAAGAGAUCCGUCUGCUACUACUCGGCCUUGUAGACGCAGUCUUACAAAACGCAUUCGAGCGUCGAGCGUCGUCUAUUCUUCAUGCAUACAUUUUUGAUGUCUUGCUGGUUCUAAUUAGUGGCAUACACGACGACUUUCACGAGAUUAACAUUGCGAGCUGCCGAAUCCUCGCGACCAUUAGCAACCACAUGGUCUCGGUCAUGAAGCACUUCACUGUAGCUACAGUGCGCACCCUCAUGCUUCUGCUGCUUCACCGACUGGCACGUGUGCGCGUUGCUGUUGUGGAAACGAUCCGUGCACUUGUAACCUGUCCAAACGUCGAAAAGUGCAAAGGCAGUGGCACUGAGGCCAUCGUCGACCUCAUCGGACAUCGCGACGAGAAUGUGAUCCCUGUGGCGUCCUUCUACACAGCCGAAGUUCGUUUAAACUACUUUGCCAAGCUAGAUCAGGACCGAAAUCCCAUGGUACGUCGCGCUUUCUUCGCCAUGAUCAGCGACUGGAUGCUGAACCUUCCCGACCGCUACGACCACGAGUCCCGAUUGCUGCCAUAUUUGCUCAGUGCAGUCAGCGACGAGGAUCUUAAUAUUUCUGGAGAUGCACUGAAAACUCUUGAGAUCCUCGGCGGAAGAUACGAGCGAGAACAUGGUGAAGAGGUGAUUGAAAUCAAACAAUAUGGAGUCGACGGGAAGAAUCCGACGUACAACUACCGAGCUCCAUUGCCCGAGCCGUUUGUCGCUGGUCGACCUUCGCUAGGCACGCGACUGUUUGUACGCGGACGAGCUCGGCGAUUCCUGAACCCGAUUUUGCGUGAGCUGGCCAAUUGGCAAGAUUCCACUCGCGCUCAUGCAGUGCGCCUUCUAAAAUGUGUGCUCGUUUACUGCGAAGAGACGAUCACGGUGGACGUGCACUCGUUAGUACAUACCCUUCUGCGGACUUGGGGUGGUGAUCACGAUCUACUCCCGGAACUGAGACAGUGUGCUGAGCUCGCCGGACGUUUUGCGGCGCCAACAACCUACUUGCCUUUGCUGCUUUCGCGCAUUCGAGGAGAUUCAGACGUAGUUGUCCCAACGGUGGGAGGGGCUGUCUCUCACGCUUCACAGAUAGAAGUGGCCUUACAGGUUUUACACUGUUUGCUACGAGGUUCAUUGGACAAGAUGGUGCUGCCACAUGUGCCUGAAAUCUUGGAUACCAUCGCACUGCCGUCGAUCCUAGACAUUGAGAGUAGUGCAGUGAAAAUGGCACUGGGUCAAGUACUCCUGCACAUAACGAAGCUGAUGGAGCGAAGUGGCAAUGAUGCUGUGACAGCGUUUUUCUUGGAACGCGGACGCUUAACAUCGAUGGAGCAGAGCUACUCGCGGAUAUUCGACAUCGCUGUCGUGGUGAUGGCGAGCUCUUACUGCUCAGCUGCCGUCGCAGAGUACGUUCCCUGCUAG